UUACUCUUCAAUUUACUGGUUUCUGCUGCUAUUGGCCCACUUGCGGAGAGAUUAGACAGGGCAAUCUGUGAAGGUAAAUCCUUUAAUGAAUUUCAUGGAGAAUUGCUCCACUAUUUCAUUCCAUCUAGGUUGAUUUCAGUAAUAGAAAGGGAACAUUACUAUAGGUUACAAAUGCCUAACGAACCUCUGUCUACAUAUAUCUUAGCGAUAAAAUAUGCAGCUAAACUGUUGAGAUUAAAUAAAUCAGAAGAGGAAAUAGUAAACGACAUCUGUUCUGGUCUAAAUCCCGAGGAAAGAUCUAGGUUAUUUUUCCAAAAUAAACCUAGUAGUUUCGCUCAACUUACUGAAAUGUCAGUGACCUCACAAAACAUACUGUUUGCAGAUAGAGAAAGGUCUAAAUUUGUCCCCAAUAAUUAUGGUCAAAAUAGUAGAAAUGUAUCUAAUAGGGUUGACAAUGUAAGAAACAGAUGCUACAGGUGUAAUAAUUUAGGCCAUAUCAGCGCUCAUUGUAGAACUAAUUUGGGUAAUGAUAAUAAGGGACACAAUUCCAGGAAUAGUGGUAGUCAGAAUCCUUCUAGAGAAAAUAGAAACUGGGACACGAGUAAAAUAACUUGCUAUAAAUGUAAUGAAUUAGGGCACUAUGCUUCAAACUGCAAUCAUAAAAAAUCCCGACUAGGCCGAGAAAAUAAAAAAAUAGAAAGGUCAAUUCAUAGCAGGACUUUUAAGAUGAAUAGCAAUAAUAAUAAUAAAGGUGUAAAUUAUUUGAAAUCUGUCAAAGAAACUGGUAACAGGAAGAAAGAAAAUACAUCUUCAGUAGACAAAAAGAAAUUAAAGGGAAUAAAAGGUAGGAGUAAGAGAAAGAAAAUUAAAACAUUUAAUAAGUUAAAAAUAAGAGCUCUAAGAAAAAACGUCACUCCUUUCAUUAAUUGCAAAAUGGAGAAUAGCGAAACCAGCUAUAUAGGUCUUAUUGAUUCAGGAUCCGACGUUAGUGUUAUCUCAAAACCUGUUUUCAAUGAACUAUUGUUAAGUGGCUCUGACCUUGAAAUAGUAGAAGAUAAUCAACUUUGCGUAACCGCUAAUAAAAGCAAGUUAUUAUUAUCUAACACUGUUCUACUUAAAAUAAAAAUUGAACAUUUCUCUUGGAAAUUCCGCUUCUAUAUUCACGAAACUCUCUCUACGCCAAUUAUCCUAGGAGCUGAUUUCAUACAUCAUACUCAGUUAGUUCCCGAUAUAAGAGGUAUUAUUUCUGCUUUUGUCCUCAAUUCAAAUUUCCAUUUGAUAGUAAAUUGA